UGUAUGGGGUAGUUCUGAAUGUUUAUGAUGAAGUGGAUAGGAUGGAGAGCAACAAUAGACGAUGUUACAGCAUGUCUUUUCCCCAAAGAUGAGUUGAAGAAAAUUGUAGUUUCGUAUCUGAAGGAAGCACAGUGGACAAAGGAAGGUUAUAUGCCAACAUUCGAUGAAUAUUUGGAAAUAGCAUUGCAUUCAAGUGCUGCCGUUUUAGUGAUUGCUCAAGUCUUGGUUGGGAUGGAAGCUGAUGCCAAUGUCUUUGAAUGGUUGAAUUGCUCGUCUCUAAGACGACAUCGCAACCAACGAGGUAUUCUAUUACUCGAAUUAUCGGUUAUAGAUAUAUGUUCGACGGGAGACGAGGAGAAGAGAGGGCUCGUUGCAUGUGGAAUAAAAUGUUAUAUGAAGCAAUACGGCGUCUCGAAAGAGGAAGCAAUACAAGAGUUCCGGAAAAGACUUGGGAUUGCAUGGAAUGAGCUGAACGAGGAGUUCAUUACGAGGCCGAGGACUGUUCCGGUGCAAAUUCUUAAGCGUGUUGUUAACAUUGCACGCGUAAUAGACCUUACUUACAAGGACGAGGAUGGGUUUACAAUGUCUGAAAAGAUUUUGAGACAUCACAUUUUCAAUGUCCUUAUUCAUCCCAUCCCUAUUUAA